GAGAGGGACACUUGUCAGUGAGCCGAGCAGCUCUCAUCGUGGUCUCCACUGUCCAGUACCUACUGCAACUGCGAGGUGCCGCCUCCUCUCAGCUGCAGCCAUGGGGUCUGAGGAUCAUGGGGCCCAGAACCCCAGUUGUAAAAUCAUGACGUUUCGCCCAACCAUGGAAGAAUUUAAGGACUUCAACAAAUAUGUGGCCUAUAUCGAAUCCCAGGGAGCCCACCGGGCAGGCCUGGCCAAGAUCAUCCCCCCGAAGGAGUGGAAGCCACGGCAGACGUAUGACGACAUUGAUGACGUGGUCAUACCAGCCCCCAUCCAGCAGGUGGUGACAGGCCAGUCGGGCCUCUUCACGCAGUACAACAUCCAGAAGAAGGCCAUGACCGUGGGGGAGUACCGUCGCCUGGCCAACAGCGAGAAGUACUGUACCCCACGGCACCAGGACUUCGAUGACCUGGAGCGCAAGUACUGGAAGAACCUCACCUUUGUCUCCCCCAUCUACGGGGCCGACAUCAGCGGCUCUCUGUACGAUGACGACGUGGCCCAGUGGAACAUUGGGAACUUGCGGACCAUCCUAGACAUGGUGGAGCGAGAGUGUGGCACCAUCAUUGAGGGUGUCAAUACCCCUUACUUGUACUUUGGCAUGUGGAAGACCACCUUUGCCUGGCACACAGAGGACAUGGACCUGUAUAGCAUCAACUACCUGCACUUCGGGGAGCCCAAGUCUUGGUACGCCAUCCCACCAGAGCACGGCAAGCGUCUGGAGCGGCUGGCAAUCGGGUUCUUUCCUGGAAGCUCCCAGGGUUGUGACGCCUUCCUGCGGCACAAGAUGACGCUCAUCUCCCCUAUCAUCCUCAAGAAGUAUGGCAUCCCAUUUAGCCGGAUCACGCAGGAAGCAGGGGAGUUCAUGAUCACAUUUCCCUACGGCUACCAUGCAGGGUUUAAUCACGGAUUCAAUUGUGCCGAGUCCACCAACUUUGCCACCCUGCGGUGGAUUGAUUAUGGCAAGGUGGCGACUCAGUGCACCUGCCGGAAGGACAUGGUCAAGAUCUCCAUGGACGUCUUCGUGCGCAUCCUACAGCCAGAGCGAUACGAGCAAUGGAAGCAAGGCAAGGACCUCACCGUGCUUGACCACACCCGGCCCACAGCCCUGAGCAGCCCGGAGCUGAGCACUUGGAGUGCCUCCCGCGCCUCCCUCAAGGCCAAACUCCUCCGGAGGUGA